AUGCAUUCUCCACGACGGGCUGAAAGAGAUCCGGAGCUGGAAAAGUACCUGGCUCGCGUUCAAGAACUGGAUUACGAGAGAAAUAGCUCUAAAAAGACCAACAACAAUGAUGUGAAGUAUUCAUCCAAAUAUCGACCGCAAGAUCUGGAAAUAUCCAGAAAACUGCUCAAUGGCGAAUAUUACGGGUCUGAGGAUAAAUCUGCAACUUUUAGUCCCGGAAGGGCCUCCGAAAUGGCUUACAGAUCGGCCUAUAACUACGAAAAGUCAUUUUCUCCAAAACGAAACUCGAACUACUCAAAUUCGCCCAUCAGAGCCGAUAAAUAUGCCGGAAGCCGGAGCGAUGAUGUCGCUGCAGACUUUUCAAUCUCAAGAUUUGACUUUCGUGAUUCUGGGAGGCAAUAUACCAUUUCAGAAGAGGACUACCUACUUUUGACUCAGUUGAAGCAGGGCCUCAUCGAUCCAUCGCCUCAACUCCCAAAAGAAGGGACUAGGCAGUAUCCUUCGCGGGGCAAAGCAAGGGCAGCAAGAGCACCGUCCCCUCCUCCUUCUCCUCCUUCUCCGCCUUCAACUCGACUCACUAAACACGCCGAAUACAACAGCAGUGACUACAGCGCCAAAGACAGCACAACACCUCCACCAUUGCCUGCUAGAAAACAAAUGGACGAUCUCGCAAAAUUCACCACUCCAAAUAAGGCUGCACCAGUCAAGCCUCCCAGACCUCGGCUCCUGCCUACAGCAUCUGAUGAAAUUAUAGACAUACCAUCAAGUGUACGAGAACCGUCACAUCCUAAAUCGACGCUCGGUACACUUGGCCAACCACCUUCAGAAUCGAAUGGCAGCUCUUACCUCACAUCUUUGCAGAAAAACAAGGUCACUGCGACUUCUCCGUCAAAAUUGGAUUACAACCCAAAGCUGGCGGGUGGGUUUAGAGUUAAUGAAACGCCUUUGAGCUCAGCACAAAACAACAAACUUUCUGCGACAACUUCACACAGCAGGAAGAAUCUGAAGGCCGCUCCUGAAAAACCAGAACGUCCAUCUCAGUCAUUUGUGACAUCUGCUCUCAAGGGUGAAAGUUCUAAGACUGAAGUGCUGGGAAAACCGCUGGAACUUCCGCCGCCACGUAAGCAUUCUCCCGGGAGAAUCAGUGCUGAGGAACCAACCCUAGCGCUCAAUGAGCUGAAGCUUAAACUCAGAACUUCUGAAAAGCAAACCGAAACUAGUAGCAAAUCCCAGACAGGCACUGGGAACAUACCAGAUUUGAGUUUGAGGAUUCCUAAAACUCGUAAGACAACAAAUGAAGAAAAGAAACCAGCUGUUGAGCAGCUACAAGCUUUACGACGCACCCCCGCGGUCACGGCAAGGAAAGCUUCAGAGCCUGAAAUUAUCGGAAAGAGAAAUUCGCUUGCAAAACCGCCUCCAAAACCUGAAAGGAAGCCUUCAAUGCCCGAGGCUCUCAAUAAGAGAGGGAACUUGACCAAAGCGCCUCCUAAACCAGUAAUGAAAUCUUCGCUGCCUGAGGCAGUCUCUAAGCUUUCCAGUCUCUCAAAAGCUCCUCCGAAACCAGCGCGCAAGAUAUCAAUGCCUGAAGCUUUAGCUAGACUUGAGCUGAUGAAAUCAAGGAACGGAAAAGAACACACCAAAGAAGGGGAAGGCAGAGUCCAGGAUCAAAAAUUGCAGCAUGCCAAAAGUGAGGAGGAAGAGGCAAUCUUAUUUGUCAAAAAGUUCAAAAACCGUGGACACCAAAUAAAAUCCCCCGCUUUAUUGCCCACAAAUAAUAUUCCUGUCGCAGUGCUCCCCACGACACAGGCCGUUGAUCCCAAACUUGCGAAAUUACUGAGACCUGCCGCUGAAAACGAUGCAAAGUCUUUGGAGUCCGCUCGACCCGAAGGUGACGCUCUGGUGCAUCCAACGAAAGGACGAGCUCGGGGGCCCAAAAGAAAGCCUCCAAGAACAGUGUAA